GCAACAGGGUGUCCUUGAUCUCUUCAGCACUGGUGUUUGUCAUGGGUGCAUCCGUAUCCAGUCUUGCCCCCAAUAUCCGGGCAGAGUCUGCAAUGUCAGCGACUCAUUUUGGUGGGGCGACCCCACCCCCUGGGUGUCCCAUGCAUCAAGAGAUCCCUAAAAGCUCUCCUCCUCCUGAGUGCCCGAUGCAUCAGGCUCAGACGACUCCGGCCAGCCCAGCACACCAGGAGAGAGCGUACGAGUUUGUCGAAUGUCCCAUGAGAGCUUCGGAAGGAGCCGUCGAUCCCACAAAUAUGAUGCCCCCUCCAAACCAGGUGCCCGCCCCGGACCAGCCAUUCCCUUUGUCCAUCAAAAGAGAGGAGUCUAAAAUCCCUCGAUCAGGCGCAGAACAGAACUGGGUCUAUCCUUCUGAACAGAUGUUCUGGAAUGCCAUGCUGCGGAAGGGGUGGCGCUGGAAGGAUGACAGUCUUGAACCCAAAGACAUGUCCGAUAUAAUCAAGAUCCACAAUCGUAACAACGAUCAAGCCUGGCAGGAAAUCUUGAAGUGGGAAGCCCUUCAUGCCAGCGAGUGUCCAUGCGGUCCAUCUCUGAAGAGAUUCGGGGGCAAAGCCAAAGAGUUUUCACCCAGAGCCAGAAUGCGUCACUGGAUGGGAUAUGAAUUGCCGUUCGACCGACAUGAUUGGAUCGUAGAUCGGUGCGGAAAGGAAGUCCGCUAUGUCAUUGACUACUACGACGGGGACAUCGAUAAAGACACCUACCAGUUCUCCAUCCUGGACGUGCGUCCGGCCAUCGAUUCUAUGGGGGCCGUCUGGGAUCGGAUGAAGGUGGCCUGGUGGCGCUGGACAUCGUAGAAUCCAUCCUAACACAGUUAUCAUUUCUGCACCACUAUAAGACUUUGGUACCAAAAUACUAGAAACUGCAUUCUACGUUCUCUGAGAUUGGUUGUUUCUCAACUUCUUUGAGUUCUGACUUUAACAUGAAUCGUCCCAAGUUAUUGCACAGCGAGAAACUUACAGGU